AUGUCUAACCAGCGUGAGCCUCCAGUUAUUCCUGGUUUUUAUUUUGACCCUAUUAGGAAAAGAUAUUUCCCUGCUAACAAUGUAGCUAAUGCAAUUGACAGUCAAAAGAAGUUUAAAAAACCUAAGAAGGAUCCCGCACCCGAUCAUAGUGAUAUCAAGCAAAACAAGAAGAAUUAUCAUGAAAUGUGUAAAAAAUAUUUGUCAUUAACCCAGGACCCUGUUGAAUGUCUUUACAAUGGUGCGCUUUCUGUCCCUGCAGAAGGACUUGACAAUUUAAGGUUACAUGGCUUUACAGUGAACACCGUUGAUGAGAUAGCUCCAUUCAAAUCCUUUGCAGGACCAAUCUUCAAUCUAAAUUUAAAUAUUUUGCAUCAAAAAACUAUUCUUUCCAAUGGAUAUAUGUACUUAAUCACAGAAAAUGGAUUAUUAUUCAAAUACAAGUAUGGGACUGAUCAGCCAGAGCUUUUAUACGUACGAAGUUCCAAUCCCUUAAGUAGCAAUAUUGUUUACAAAUGCGUCAGCUUUUUAGAAUAUAAAAAUUUUUUAUUUCUUCAUACAGUCAGUCCAACAAAUGAACACAUAUUAGAAUAUUUUGACUUGGAAAAAUCAAUUUCAUAUAAAGAAUAUAAGCACCAAGAGACAGCAAAUGACAUCAAUGAUUCUUGCUGCAUUGGUCCAUAUGUAUGCAUGGCAUCCAAAAACAAGCUAAUUUUACUUAAAUUUGAAGGCGAUAUUACAGAAAAAAAGGUGGUGCGAAUAGGUACCAUUAAAUCAGAUAUAAUUUGUAUCCAAACUUAUGAAGUUACUGAACAGUUUUUUCGUUUAUAUUUAGGUUGUAGAAAUGGCGAAAUUCAUACAAAACUAGUAGAUAUCAACUGUUUGUUCAACUCACUAAGAGAAAGUUUUGAUAAAAUCAAAUUAUCAACUAUAAGGUCCAUCGUCUCGCUUCAUAAAGGUAUCUCUGAUGGAAUAAUUUACAUCAGUGGAUUAAGUUCAAACCAAGGAUUAUCGGCUCACAUGGGAAAUACAUUGUUAAGAUUAGAUAUAUUUCUAUUUAAUGAAGAUGAAACCACUGGAUUAACGUACUUUGAUAACUAUCUACAAAAUUUGGUUAAAGAUCAAGAACUAUUUGCAAUAUCGAAUGAUGAUAGGUUUUUAAUAUACGGAACAAAUAAGGAGUUAGACGAACAAAAUCUAAGGACAGUUAAUAUCUACUCAACAUCACUCUCUGAUAACUCAGUAAGUUAUAUUUUGAAUAAAGCUAAUAAUAAAAGUACAAAAAUAUUAUCGACGUUUUAUCCCUUACCUAUUUCAGAGACCUUAAUACCUAUGGAAAACAAUUUCUCAGUCAAAUCAGUCAAUUUCAUAGAUAGAAAUAAAUUUAUUUACACAUCUGAAUUGAAAAGAAAUAAAAGCACUUCAACUGAAUUCUUGAUCAAUAAUCCGAAUGACUUGAAGUACAUUGUUUCUAAAAUCUUAACUCCAUAA